AUGUGCGAAUCAGCUCUGCAUAAUCUCGACUACUACUGCAGUACAGCCCUCACUUGCCGCUACACACUCCCGCUAUCUCUCCAGGCCUUCAUCAACCAUGACCGAGUCCUCCGACGCUUCGACCAGGCGAUUGCCCAAACCGUCCUCCAGUUUCCCUUGCUACAAGUCGGCCUCGUCGGUGAGGGUACGAAAAAGCCUGCUUGGGUGUCGCUCCCGUCGCUUGAUCUCGCAGACCAUGUAUCUUGGGAUGUCCGGCCGAACUCGAAGGACUAUGAGAGGGCGUUUGAAGCGAAUCUGGAGUAUCAGCUCGACGCCAAGUUUGAGAGUGUUGAGACGAGGCCGGGGUGGAGAAUAUGUCUGAUGCGAACGAGGACAGACGACUUUGUUGAUGUGAUGUAUAUCUGGAGCCAUGCUAACCACGAUGGCAUGGGUGCCAAGAUCUUUCACCAAACACUACUCCAAAGCCUCAACUACCCAGUUUCUUCAUCACUACUUCGAAGAGGAUCUCGAGUCAUGACAACUUCUAUAUGCAAGGACAACUUUCCCCAACCACAGGAGAAGCUCGCCAAGCAUAACUUGAGCUUGGGGUAUGCCUGUUCAGAGAUCUGGCAUGGUCUUUGUCCUUCUUGCUUCCACUCAGAAGAGUCAAAAGCUCUCUGGGCGCCUAUCCAGGCUGACCCUUACAUCACACGUUUCAAGGCCAUUGAUAUUGAUGCCCUUACCUUGAAGAAGCUCUUGAGCCAGUGCCGAGAGAAUGAUACGACACUUACAGGCCUUAUCCACGGGAUUGUUCUAGCUUGUCUAUCCGUUGACAUCAAUGAGGGCAACACCGAUGCCUUCCAAGUCGCAACAGCAAUGGAUCAUCGAAAGUUCUUGCGCAAGGAGCUUCGGCCGUCAAAAUACGCAUCUCUUGAUCUCGAUAAUAGUAUUCAGAACUGCACUGCGUCCCUCACCCAUCUUUUCGACCACGAAAUCGUCAGCGACAUGCGAGCCCAAGCACGUAUUAACAAUUGGCCCGCCCAACCCAUCGAAGAUCUAGAGCCCACGAUCUGGAAAGCAGCACAGCAAAUCCGCAGAGAUAUCGAAAAGCGCCUCGACACUGGUGUAGACGAUAAUAUCGUCGGCUUGAUGAAGGUGGUGUCUGACUGGCAUGACUAUCUCAAGUCAUUGGAAAGAAGACCUCGAGAUUUAUCAUGGGAGGUUACGAAUCUUGGUGUUAUUGAUGGCAAGAGUGAGGAUGAUGGCUUUGUGGUGGGAAGGGCGAGGUUUUCACUGAGUGGAAAUGUUGUUGGGCCGGCGAUUCAGAUCAGUAUGGUCUCAGUGAAGGAUGGAGAUUUGUCGAUUGAGGUGUCUUGGCAGGACUUGCCGGAGAUUCGUGAGGAUGCUCAGAGGUUGGUGGAGAACAUGCGAGCUUGGUUGUUGUAUUUGGGUGCUUGA